CCAGACACCCUGUCCUUGCAGGACAAAGUUCUACCAUUUCUGGUGAAUUUGGAUAUCGAAAUGGUUGCAUGGGAGAAGCUAAUCAGGACGAAUAUUGACAUGGCCAGGAUUAGCGAGGCGAAGGUGGAAUGGCUCCUCAGAUUUAACAAAUACAAGUUGGAGAUGCGCGAAAUGCUUUCUUCCCUUUCUGGCCCAGUGUACGAGGAUCUGGAAAGUGUGCUAUCACUAAGGUAUCGAGCUAAUAUUGUCAGAAAUAGGAAGGCGCGAGCACAUAACACACUGACACAUUUAAUCUACAAUUUUUGUCAGAAAUAUGAUACAAAGCUCGCGCUUAUUCAGAUCAUUUGGCACGUUAUCAUUGCUCUUGUCAUUGAUAAGCCAGUUGAUUUGUACAUCGUCUACCUGAAAAACACCACUGCAGCUUAG